AAAGUAGGACAGGUGAUGCUACCACUCUACCAGCACACAGCGUACUGCAGUCGCGGGCAGCAAACAUUCCCCCCCACCCCCAACCCCGCCGUGCGCUCCGCGGCCGCCAUGGCGUCUCCUCCGGGUCCGGGGUCUGCUGCCCACCGCCAGGUCCCCUCCUCUUCGAGGGGGCCGCUCUCGCCCUUCCCCAGCGGCGUGGCCCGCGCCGCCGGCCCGUUCCUCCGGCAUCAACAUCCUCCCGGCGGCGACUCCGAUGGCGGCGCCUCCAUGGACGAGUUCGACGAAGAUGACGAAGACGAUGACGAGGAAGAGGAGGAGGAGGGUCAGGAUGCCGAGCUGGCGGCCCGCAGCACGCAGCAGCGACGCGCCUCCUCUCCAGCAGGAAUUAGGCGGCCUGUCACGAAUGGGGAGAAUGGGGUGAGGCAGAUACAAGAGGGGCAGCAAUGGCAGCUGUACAGCUGCGGAACCGAGCAGCAAGGCCGCGCUUCAUCUCGUGGGGAUGAAGAGCCUGGUUCUGUUCCCAGGGAGAUGAGGGUGGAGGAUGGAUAUGGGGUCAUUGGGAGAAGAGAGGGAGGCCCUGCCUCUAGCUACUGGGACCUUCUUAGAGCUCACCUGUCCGACCCGUUGACAGGCAUUCUCAUGGAUGACGCGAUGAUUCUGUCAUGUGGGCAUUCUUAUGGAAGUACUGGGAUGCAGCAUAUCUACAGAAUGAAAGCGUGUGGUAAAUGUGGUCAGCCAAUCACAGAGGACUCCAUUCGACCAAACCUGGCUCUUGGCCUUGCAGUCCAGGCAUUCAGACGUGAGGAAGAGUCGGCGAAAACAUUGAAAAGAAAAAGAGACCGCCUGGAACAGGACAAAUGUGGCAACAAUGACCCGAAUCCAGUCGAACUUUCGAGAGGCAAAGGUGUCCAGUAUCCUUUCGCUGUCUUCGACCGAGUGAUCAUCAAGGGAAACAAGAGGACCCCGGAGCGGUUCGUGGGGCGCGUGGCGGUCGUGACGGCACAGUGCCUGAACGGAUGGUACGUGGUGAAGACCCUGGACAACGCGGAGAGCGUGAAGCUGCAGUAUCGCUCCCUGGCAAAGUUCGUCGACGGCGGGGGCGGCGGCGAGCCUCCAGUGGUCUCCAACAGUUCCCAGAACGCAAGCUGGUUGUGACUUGGAAGGUACAAAAGCAGAUCAUGCUGAUAUGUGGAAGCUGCAUCAUGGUGUUUUAGAUAAGAUCAGAUCUCCAGCCCCCAUCUUUUGCUGCUGCCAGGAGGAGACAAACAGUAGAGUGAGGAACAUUAUCCUUUUUUGUAGCCAAUCACAGUGUCAAUCUUUAUGGUGCCCCUCUUUUCCUUUUUCUUUCUUUCUGUGGCAGCAACUAGGUACCAUGUGAUGUCAGUCGGCGUCCUUGUGAAACUUUGUAGAACAAUACCAUUCCAGUACUCUUAUCCUAUCCAGGUUGCUGUGAUUGGACCA